AAGCUAGUAUCGAACCUUUUUGAGAUGGCUCGUGAGAGUGCACCGUCAAUCAUUUUUGUCGAUGAGAUAGAUUCUUUGUGUGGUCAACGUGGAGAAGGCAAUGAGAGUGAAGCUUCAAGACGUAUCAAAACAGAGCUUCUUGUGCAGAUGCAGGGUGUUGGACACAAUGAUGAGAAAGUCCUUGUGCUGGCAGCAACAAAUACACCGUAUGCUCUUGAUCAGGCUAUUCGGCGACGUUUUGAUAAGCGUAUCUAUAUCCCUCUACCGGAUGUGAAGGCUCGACAGCACAUGUUCAAAGUGCAUUUGGGAGAUACUCCUCAUAAUUUGAAUGAAGCUGAUUUUGAAUAUUUAGCUCGCAGGACAGCGGGAUUCUCUGGUUCGGAUGUGGCUGUUUGUGUCAAGGAUGUUCUGUUUGAACCUGUUCGGAAAACGCAAGAUGCCAUGUUCUUUUUCAAUGCUCCUGAUGGUACGUGGAUACCAUGUGGGCCUAAACAACCUGGUGCCAUUCAGAUUACAAUGCAGGAUUUAGCAGAAAAAGGGCUCGCUGGAAAGAUUAUUCCGCCGCCCAUUGCGAGAACGGAUUUUGAGAAGGUUCUAGCAAGACAGCGACCGACAGUCAGCAAGACUGAUCUUGAGGUCCAUGAGAGAUUCACAAAGGAGUUUGGAGAGGAAGGUUGAUUAUGGCAUUCAGCUGGUUCGGCACUAUUAGUCUCAGGGAGGGAAAAUCUGGAGUUCCCGUUAUGUAUUACUAAGAGAAAAUCGACUCUGGUUUAAUGCAUCACAUCAUUGAAUUUUCAUUUUCCAAUUGUGUACAUUAUCUCUGAUUGCCAGAUAACACAAUUGUGUAAAACUAUGCACAAAUCAAUUAACUUAUAAACGAUGUCUUUCUCU